CACCCCCUGUUCCCUGCCCUUUGAGCACCCGUGCUCACACACCGACAGCACCUCCACGCACUUAACAGGGCGGAAUAUACCGGCCAUGUAUGCGCCUGCUUUUGGACCGUCGCCUCCCCGAGAAAGGGAAGCUCCCGUCCUGAUUGCACGUCACUACGACACAAGAGAUGAUCGUCAGCGUUCUCCGUCUCAUGGGGGAGCAGUUGAAAGUGUCCAUCGUGAUGGUCGUACAGGGCAUGACGAUGAGGACGACAGCCUAGCCGUGGUGUUCUCAGCGGACACCGGCGCCGGGAGGGCCCACACCCCGCAGCGGCUCAACCGCACGCACACCCCGCAAAGGCUUCGGCCGUCCAGCAUCCUGCACACUACCGCGGCCCCCGUGCAGCGGUCAUCGGUGGUAAGGAGAGAGGGAGAAUCAAGGCGGCAGCCACCGGGCCGAAGGAAGCAAAGGCGCUGGGAAAACGAUAAUCUUCUCGGGGUGGAGAAAUUUCUGCGGGGGCGCCACGCCCACGAAGAGGGAGAGGCCGAGCAUCUCACGGUGAAGCACGCGUGGCGCUCCAGCCUGGGGGACCUGGUGUCCGACCCAAGGGCAGCGGAGGUCCGAGAGAGCUUUCGGAACGGCAUGCAGCCGACGCCGCAGAAUGGGGGUAGUGCUCCCAGGUCGGGAACGAGGCAUUUCGCGGGGGGAAAGUGGGAAGAUGCAGAAGAGAGGUUUCUGUUGGUGGAGCGUCGUCUUAGGGACAUCGUUGUUCGGGCGCUGCGCAACCCCGCUCUUGUGGGCUUCGUGAAGGGACUGGAAACGUUGCUAGGAGAAUUCACUCAGACGCAGCAGACACUGACAGGAAUGCCAUCGGCGCUACGCUCGGCGUUGGCCUCUCUCCCCAAAGUAGAGGUCAAGAAGGAAGCGGGAAAGUCAUCGGAGGCCGCAGCCGGCGCCACGCUCCUGGUGCCCCUAGGCCCGUCUCCAUUCCACCGGCUGCUGCUGCAUGCCCUGUGCCAGUACCAGAAGCUUCGCUCGAAGAGCGAAGAGACGGACAGAGGCCGCAUCGUUCGCGUUAUGAUCCCUACAUCGACAUCGACAUCGACAUCAACUUCAGCAUCGACAUCUGGCACCGCGUUUGCCGCACCCAACGCGCCCCUCACGGAGUUCGUGCUCAGGACCAGGCUACAGGAUUUCGAUCGCCUUUGUGAGAAGGGGGGUGCGGCCAGGGGGGGGGUUAGGCUCUCUCAGGCGUCACCGAGCUCCGCGGGCGCAGGGUGCAGCAGCCGAGGGGAACGCGCUAGGGCCAUCACACCGACUACUGUUACCGCCGUCGCUUGAGCGCCAUGAUGAUGAUGAUGGGUCGAAGAGCAUGAUCACUGGUAGACAGCGCGCACACCGGGUGUGCGUACGCAGUCCUGUUUUGUAAUUGAACGAAUGGACGUCACUCAUUUCACUUGCCCUUCGGUAUGAUUUCUGGACGCAUCAGCGGGGGUUGCAGGUGCCAGACACAAGAUAUGCCAAUCUAUUUGCGUCGCUAUGUUGUGGCGAGUUGACCUCCUCCGGGAGGUAUUGUUUAUUAUUCAUAAGCGGGAGUAAAUAUCUCUUCCAUGUAACCUUUUGCUGCGUUUUACAAUAGAGGAUUGUCCACAUUGUACAUUCAUUUACGGUAGGAUUUGUGCUGGGCACAGCACCACUCACUACUGUUUGUUUGAGAAUGAGCAUGUAUAAUCGAAAUCCAGUAGUACACACGUACAUGAGUCUGCCUUGUUUCUGUUGGCGUUUUUGAUUUUUCCCCGCUUGGAGUGUGGCGCCUUUGUUCUGGAUACGGCGUAACGACGAUCGGAAGGCGAGGAGGAACGGGAUGUUCCGGGGAGGAACGUAGCUGUAAGUGUACUGCAGCAGUGACGAAAUCCCAGCCGGAGGUGGGGUC